AUGUCCUUGUCUUCACUCACAAACGGAAGACUAUUGCCAAGCAGACCUCAGUCAGCAGGUGCAAUCACAUGCACAAAGAAACCAAGCACACAAAUAUAUACAAAGAGACAUAGACCAGGGGACAGGGUGAAGCACACAUCACCUUACAGGGAUUCACACACAUGCCUGCACCCUACAGUGACACACACGUUUCAUCAUGACGAUACCAGACCAACAUCACCUGCCUCAGAUACAACAGCACAUGUCAUUGUGAACAACACUGAUUGUAAAUACAGUCCAGCAGGUGUCCCUGUAUGCAACCGCUGGCUGUGUCUGCCUGAUGAGGUGUGGCUGUCCAUCCUGUCUCUGCUGCCUCACAGUAAUCUGUGCAGAGUCGUGCAGGUCUGCAGCCGCCUGCACACACUGGCUUCUGAUCACACACUCUGGAAAAAUCUGAAGAUUGAAAACUCCUCCCUGACAGAGCGGUGGUUGCUUUUUGUGGGCAAAUGUCGUCCUCAGAGCCUGUGUCUGUACAGCUGCAGCAGCCUUUCUGUCACCUCCUGUGGGCUGGAGAUGUUUUUCACUUUGAGUAAAAACUCUCUGGAGGAAGUCAAGGUCACAAGUUGUACUGGUCCCGGGCUCCAUGGUGACCAGAUGUUGGCUCUGAUUGGUCAGAUGUGUGAUCAUGUGACCAGUGUGGACGUGAGCUGGAGUGGAGCAACGGACACAGGAGUGAAAGCUCUGAGCGAUGGCUGCGCAGGGUUAAGACUGGAGUCAGUUGUCCUAAACGGCUGUCAUGUCACUAAUGAGCCCCUAAAGAAGCUCGUCAUGAGACACAAAGAGAGUCUGUGCAGGUUGGAGGUGUUUGGCUGUCAGUUCCUCACUCCAUCCUGUCUACACACAAUAUAUGAGAUGUGUCCUGGCCUAAAGCAUCUUAAUAUCGGACAGGUGCCUAAAGUCAACACACUCAGUCUUACAGUGAUGACAUCACAGCUCAAAUGUCUCAUUUCCCUCAAUCUCACUGGUCUACAGGCGGUUACUGAUGCCACGUUGGACACUUUGCUUCAAAACUGUGUCAAACUUCACAGUUUGACCCUCAGUUCCUGUCCUGGAGUCACUGACGUGACACUGCAAAACGUCAGCAAAUACACACCUUGUAUUAGAUCCCUGGAUAUUAGUGGCUGUAAGGCAGUAACAGAUGCAGGAGUUCAGUCUCUGACUCUGGGAUGCAGAAGACUUCAGCAGCUGGAUCUCAGCUCCACUGGCACAGGAAACAGAGGGGUUACUCUGUUGGCAAAUUACUGCAGUGGACAUCUCCAUACUGUCAAACUCAGUUUCUGCAACAUCACCUCAGAGAAUAUACUGAAGCUCUGCAGGUGCUGCAAGAGGUUGAAGGUGCUCCAUCUCUACGGCUGUGCCCAUCUCCCCACUGAGGAAGAGAUUAGAGAAGUUAACAAUGUUGUUAAAGUUUACCCUCUGCCCUGA